UCUGCAUUGUGGUUUUAUACAAUAUGUUGUUCCUUCUAAUAUUGGCGUUGACCGGAAGCAUUACUUCAGUUUAUUCAAAAACAGAUAAACUUGUGUGCUAUUAUGCAAAUUGGGCUGCGUAUAGAAACGGAGAUGGAAAAUUUGAAAUUAAGAAUAUCGAUCCGAAUUUAUGCACCCAUCUCAUCUAUGCUUUCGUCGGUUUGAAUGAUGAUUCUACUAUUAAAAUUUUAGAUUCAUGGCAAGGAGUAGAUUUGGCUGGGUUUAAAAAUUUUAACAAUCUUCGCAAUAAAAAUUCUAAAUUGAAAACAUUAAUAGCAAUUGGUGGUGCAAGCGAAGGGUCUGCUAAAUAUUCUGCAAUGGUAUCGUCUGCUAGUAACAGAAAAAAAUUUAUUCAAAGCGCUGUUAAAUUCAUACAAAAAUAUAAAUUUAACGGUUUUGAUUUGGAUUGGGAAUACCCAGCUCAAAAUGGUGGUAAACCCUCAGACAAAGCAAACUUUGUAUUCCUUUUGAAAGAAAUGCGAAAAGAAUUCGAUAACCACGGCUACUUAUUAUCAGCGGCAGUCGCAGCUUCUUCUUCAUCAGUUGAUCUUUCCUAUAAUGUACCAGCUUUAUCAAAAUACUUAGACUUUAUCAAUGUGAUGGCUUAUGAUUUACACGGAUCUUGGGAAUCAGUUACUGGACAAAAUGCACCAUUGUAUCCAUCAUCUUCUGAUGUUACAGACUUCCAAAAAAGUCUCACAGUCGACGCUUCUAUAUCUGGUUGGAUUCAAAAAGGUGCUUCCCCUUCAAAAUUAAUUAUGGGUAUCGGUACUUAUGGAAGAACUUUUACUCUGCAAAAUAGUGCAAACACUAAAGUAGGUGCACCUACAACAGGAGCUGGUACCGCGGGAAAAUACACAGGAGAAGCUGGAUUUUUAGGUUACAAUGAAAUUUGUGAAAAUGAGAAGGCUGGAUGGACUGUUGUUUGGGAUAAUAAGCAAAAAGUACCUUACGCUUAUAAAGGAAAUCAAUGGGUUGGAUAUGAUAAUCCCAGAUCAGUUGCUCUAAAGGUUGCUUAUGCAAAAAAACGCGGAUUGGGUGGUAUAAUGGUGUGGACUUUGGAUACCGAUGACUUCCAUGGAAAAUGUGGAAAGGUUCACCCAAUUUUGAAUCAAAUCAAAACCAGUUUAAAAUAA